UUCCCUUCCAGAGUUGUUGCAGUUCAGGGAGAAAUGGAAUACUUGGAGGAGUCGAUGUCCGACUGCAGUGUAGAUUCUAAUGAUCUACCACCAAUGCCGUCAUUGAUGAAGUCGAAGAGGACUAAGCUCAACCGAACUUCUAGAGAGUAUGGUCCAUCGUCCGUUCCACCAUCUCCUGCGUCAAACCUUUUAGAAGAUUACAUGGAGAAACCGUCCUGUAUGAGAUCCGCUUCACUGGAAAACAGAGAAGACACGAGUAGUAUACCCCCCUGAGUAUACCAGUAGCACAAUUCCUGUUCCUCCUCCGGCAUUGAAAAAAUGGACGAGGAACACAAUUCCUUCAGCCUUUAUUUCUAAUCGUCAGCCAGCUUUCGAACAUACAUUUCAAACCGCCGACAUAAGCGAAAAGGAUGAAGCAACAUCUAGUACACAGUCUGAAAUGGAAGACGUGGUGAACUGGACUUCAGCGUUCAGCGGGUUUGAGAAACGUGCAUCGCCUGUGAAGCCACCUCUUCAAUUUGAAAUGGAUGUCUGAACUCCAGCCACAGCGUAUUAUACUGGAGUUCCUGCUGGAAGGACACCUGAAACAUGGGAGCAACCUGAUGCGUUUGGCAUGCCAGUUGCACGAAGGCGUCCUAUGGGACAACAUUCUGGCUCUUCUAAGGUUAUGGCUCAGAAUCAGGAUCCGUACAAACGUUCUAAGUGUAAGACAUCACAGAGGUGUCAGUUUUGCCAAAAAGAGUUCAAAUACGUUUCUCGCCUCCGCUACCAUGAACGUGUUCACACUGGAGAUCGACCAUUCAAGUGUGAUGUGUGCGGGAGGUCUUUCACUCUGUCAAGCAGUCUAUGUGUUCAUAAACGUACUCAUACCGGAGAACGACCAUUCAAGUGUGAUGCAUGCGAGAAGUCUUUCACUACGUCAAGCAAUCUAUGUGUUCAUCAACGUACUCAUACUGGAGAGAUACCGCACAAGUGUAAAACAUGUGCCACAUCGUUCACGCAAUUGUCCCAUUUACGCAAACAUGAACGUAUUCAUUCAGUUUGCCAAAAAGAGUUCAAGCACGUCUCUCACUUCCGCGAGCAUGAACGUGUUCAUACUGGAGAUCGACCAUUCAAGUGUGAUGUAUGCGGAAAGUCUUUCACUCAGUCAGGCAGUCUACGUGUUCAUAAACGUACUCAUAGUGGAGAAAGACGCGUUACGCGAAAGACAUGUGUAAGGUCAUUCACACAGUAAUCCUAACUACAUGACCAUGAACGUAUACAUAC